UGGGAUUGCAUUACAUAUUGAUGGGCUUUCCCUUGGAUCUUAAAAACCCACUUAUUAGUUAACUCGGAAAGCAACAUUUAGUAAAAACGAAGUUUUUGCAAUUGUUUCAGUAUUUGCUCUCGUCUCUUGAAUGCGCUAGCGAAUGGUGCAAACCCUCUUUGAUUUCCCGACUGGUGACAGCUCUUCCUGAGAAGGAACCAGCCUCGUUUGUUUUCCUCCUCCCUACCCCAGCACAGUCAGGAGGAAUGGUAGCCAGUUAGCUUCUCAGACAGUAGUUGUUGGAUUAACUUGUUACCGCUGUUUGGCAUUCGGUUGUUCUGUCACAAUAAUGAAUUUACUGCCUUCAAAUCCGCACGGGAAUGGACUCCUCUAUGCUGGAUUUAACCAGGAUCAUGGAUGCUUUGCCUGCGGUAUGGAGAAUGGAUUUCGUGUGUACAACACGGAUCCUCUCAAAGAGAAGGAGAAACAAGAAUUCCUUGAGGGUGGGGUUGGCCACGUGGAGAUGCUGUUCAGGUGUAACUAUUUAGCACUAGUAGGAGGAGGCAAGAAACCAAAGUACCCAACCAACAAAGUGAUGAUCUGGGAUGACCUAAAGAAGAAGACUGUCAUUGAGAUUGAGUUCUCAACAGAAGUAAAAGCAGUGAAACUUCGACGUGACAGGAUUGUGGUGGUCCUUGACUCAAUGAUCAAAGUGUUCACCUUUACCCACAAUCCACAUCAGCUGCAUGUGUUUGAGACCUGCUACAAUCCCAAAGGUCUGUGUGUGCUGUGUCCGAACAGCAACAACUCUCUGUUGGCCUUCCCUGGGACACAUUCAGGCCACGUACAGAUUGUGGACCUUGCCAACACAGAGAAGCCUCCAGUUGACAUCCCUGCCCAUGAGGGGGCACUGUGCUGCAUAGCGCUCAACCUUCAGGGCACAAGAAUAGCUACUGCAUCAGAGAAAGGGACACUCAUCAGAAUUUUUGACACAUCUGCAGGUCAGCUCAUACAGGAGCUAAGACGAGGGUCACAGGCAGCUAACAUUUACUGCAUUAAUUUUAACCAGGACGCGUCCCUCAUCUGUGUGUCCAGUGACCAUGGCACAGUGCACAUAUUUGCUGCAGAGGACCCAAAAAGGAACAAACAGUCAAGCUUGGCCUCAGCCAGCUUCCUGCCUAAAUAUUUCAGCUCUAAGUGGAGCUUCUCCAAGUUCCAGGUCCCCUCAGGCUCUCCAUGUGUGUGUGCCUUUGGAACAGAGCCCAAUGCCGUCAUAGCUAUUUGUGCUGAUGGCAGCUACUACAAGUUUCUGUUCAACCAAAAAGGAGAGUGUUCCAGAGAUGUGUACGCCCAGUUCCUGGAGAUGACCGAUGAGAAAAUAUGACCUUUGACCUCUCUUCAGACUUCCUAUUAAACAACCUGUUUUGUUUUUCUUUACAGUCUUUUUUUAUUUUCAAGGCAGUUAGAGAAGUUUUUUGUUUCACUUCUCGCUAUCUUGACAGACUCUGUAAAAAGAGCAUUAAAUGAAGGGAGAACAAGGAAAAAAGAAAAAAGGAAUUUUUGGGGGUGGGAGGGGGCUUCUAUGGAAAGGUGGUUGGCUGGAGGUAUGAACAGUGACUCAGAUUUCAUCGACCUGCACUGAGGGACAUGAACGAUUUCCUCCUAAACAAAACACAAGGGGAAAACAAAAGACGAAGUUAUUUUUUGAAAGGACAACUUGCCGUUUUUUAAGACGUCUUCCGAGGAAUUUACAAAGGAUGGCUAUUUUUAAUCACACAGAUGAUUCUGAUAGUUAGAAUGAGAAUACAGAGAUUUUUGUCAACUAACACCACCUGACCUAACAAUAGGGAGUGCCUCUGAAACUGAGAGAAUCUAUAUGUGUGCACAUAUUGUUGUCAUAUAUAUAUAUAUAUAUAUAUAUAUAUAUAUAUAUAUAUAUAUAUAUAUAUAUAUAUAUAUAUAUAUAUAUACAUACAUACAUACAUACAAGUAUUUGUGUAUACUAGUGUACCAUACUAAGCGUUUAAAAAGCAGGAUCAGAAUGAAGAUGACUGUUUUUCUUCACUUUGGUCUUAAUUAUCUGCAGAAACAUCUAGAGCCCCAAACAGAACACCACCUUAGUAUUACUAGAUUUUCUUAUAGUCAUUGUAUAUACACAACCUGCCAGACUGAACUUCUACUUAUAAACUGUACAGAAUAGUAGCAAAAGAAAUCACUCGUCCUUGACAUUGUGCAAUACAUAAUUUCCUUAAUUAUUAUUUGUUUUGUUUUGCAGAUUUUUUUUAAAUAUAUUUUCCUGAUCAACACAGCUUAAAGAAUUUGGCAUAUUUGUAAAUAGUUAUGUACCUUCUUGCUGAGUGUUGAGUAAAGACUGAUAAAUGUCUGUACGGUAAAUGUGAAGCUACAGAACACAGCUGGUUAGCUUUAGCUUAGCAUAAGGUCUGGAUGAAGGCGUCAAAGUCUGCCAAUCAGUGCUUUUCCGGUUUUUUGUUGUUUUGUUUUUUUUAUACAAAAGGGUAAAAAUAACACAUUUUGUCACUGUGACUUACAACACUUUGGUUAGUAGUAAUAGUUUUGUUGCCAUAGGAACAUAUCGACAUGUCAGCUUUGAGUGAUUGUAGCAAACGACAUGACAUUUUUGACUAGCACUAAUUGUUCACAGAUGGAAAGAAGGAAAGUUAUUGGUUGUUAUUAAAAUAGGAGUUUCCCGGGCACUAAAGGUAAAAACAAAAGUUCCAGCAAAAUUGAUAGUUUCACAGUUGGUUUGGCCCACAUUUUGCACUUUGAUAACGAAUACAUUUAGUUCUUGUUACAAAACCAAACUCAAAAAGAGGAUCACAGAAGACUAGUUGACUGUAAUUUUUCCCGUUUAAACUUAUGCUAAUUUAAGGUAACUGGCUUCUAGUCUUAGCAUUCCAUUUACCUGAUAGAUAGGAAGUCUUGGCAUACAAGUAACUCAGCAUCAUCUCCACAUUUUGAUUAUUUAUUUAUUUAUUCAAUUUGUUCAGUUUGUGAAAGCAAAGUCAUUUUUCUUUUCUUUUUUUCAAACUGGGAGUUCAUUAAGAGUAAUACUCUUAAGUCUGUACGGUGAACAGAAAGCUUUGGCUAGCAGCAGUUUAGCUGAGUGAAGCAGAAACAGUGGAAAUAAUUAGCACAGCUUUGUUGAAAAGUAAAACAAGUCACUAACCAGCCCUUCUAAUAAACACCUUAUAGUUCAGUAAUUGAGGUCAUGCAACAACUUUAAGUGUUUAACUUUAAUAGAAAAAUUAUUUUUGCAUGUGUACAGUAUAAAAAAUAAAGCUAACUAGCUGCUAGCCUUAGUUUUCUGUUUACCUCUAGAAUAUUCAAAUCUUUUUGCAAAAUAUCCACGUUUACCAAAAUGCUGAAAUGUUAAAUGUGAAUGUUUCUGCCUCAACAGGGAGCUUAAUAGCCAAACAAAUAGAGAUUUCCUUAAUAAAUUACAAAAAAAGUUUGCUAGCAGCAGCUGAGAUCAACUGUAAAAACAUUUAAAAUUUGCUUUAAGAAUGCACUUGUAUUUAAUAUUCAGCCCAGUGUGAUUAAUCAGAAAUGUCCCUAAAGAUCACCACAUUGUUUUUGGUAAAAGUAACUUCACUGCUUCACUCUGAAGCUAAUUCAGCUAAUGCAAAGUGAAGUGCUUUGUUGUUUGUUGGGCCAUAAACGGGACAUCUCAGUGUGGAUCCAACUUGUAUAAGCGAUGCUGUUAAUGGGUGCUUUUUUGUCUCCAUUUGUCAACUGCUUGACAGCAUUUUGUUGAUUCAUUGCAAAAAUUACAUUACGUGUGUCACCCUUUGGGUCGCAUUGUACUUUUGUAGGUGCAACGCUGAAUUACACGGGACUUGGCGGGUACCGACUACAGGAGGGAUGCUGCACAAACUGAAAAGCCAACCUGCUUACACACUCAGAAUGAUUGUAAAACCUGCAUUUAAAUUUGUGAAUAAAAUUUUUAAAAUUUUACAGUUA